AAUCAGUCGGGAGUUACAGGGACGUGUUCGCGAUAUGGCAGUCACGUGUCGAAGUACUUUUGAUGUUGACGGAGAUGUUUCGCUGCUUCUGACGUCGGACGACGACAUCAGAGUGUUUGCAUACUGUGGGGUCAUGAUUCAUGACAACACUCCAAGCCAAUUAGGCAAUCUUCCACGACAUUCCUCGCUACUGCUAGAACGAGACAAGAGAUGCUCUCAUGCAUUAGAACCCGCUGUUCGUCAAUAUGCAGAGCUUCACAGGGAGGGUCUUGAUUGCGCGAUGGCGGACAUUUGAGGGAAGCUACAGACGAGGAUCUCCUUGGAGGGCACUGCCGGCUCCGAAUUCUCGCUGGCUUGUGACGCAGACUGCGCCUUCGUGUUCUCAAUCGCCACAAGCUGUGCACUUUAACUUGGUAAGUGGGUGCUUGCUCGUUGACGGGAAGCAGCUGGGUAGGCUCCCGUCGAUGAUAGUGCAACAUCCCCUAUAUCGAUCGAUUUUCGGUGAUCAAGUUAUGGAUGUCGUUCCAGCUGAUAUUCCUGGAAUGGAGUACGCGACACGCGGGCAUGUCUGUGAUCACCAGGUAUCCUUUGCUCUACGCGACCGGAACAAUCUCAUCAUCUGCGCGAAGCAUACCGGCGAAGGUUCACAUAUCCUUCAGCUCAUCCCGAGCGAAAAAUUUGUGGAUGACCUACCGACACCCUUGAUAGUAGGCCAUACUCAUUGGCUCAACCUGGGCACGAGCGAAAUAGAGAUUCGACCAGCAGAACAUACAUGGAAGUCUUCGCCUGAAAAUUGGGUGCUGCGGUUUGCUGUUGCGGGCUCGCCGACGCUGAAGAAUGUCGGCGGUGCCACUCUAGUCGACAUACGUAGCCGAACGUGGGACAUGAUCUCCAAGAAGAUAUGUCCUCUAGAGGACACCUGCCACAUCAUUAUCACAUAUAACGAACCAUCUGGCAGCCCUCCCUCGUUGAAGGCUGAUUUACCUCGAUAUGGUCUCGAAUUCUUCAUUGACGAAGACGGGGAAUUGCAAUCCCGUAAUAUGCGCAACAUGGUCGUUGAUGCUAUUCAGUCUACUGGGACGAUGUUAGGAUUGGUCAAUCAACUCGUCUUGCGUCCGAAAUCGCAAAUUGCGGAUGAGCAUCCGCGCGCCGUCAUCAUCCCAGACGGUCAUAUUUCAUACUCCACUAAUGGCCAUCACGUCCAGGUUACCAUCGCUCCUGAAGGCACCCGAUUGACAUACCACUCGUACAAGGUCGACCCAGAUUUACGUUGUCUCACCGGGAACGGGGGUCUGACGAGCAAGCUCUAUCAAGCACUCCUCCAUGCUGUAACCAGCGGCUGUAUCCCUGAUCCCCUGACGGGUCGAACAGGGACAGAGGAGGCAUUGCAUCUCUUACAUUCUGCAGCUUGCCGGUCUUUCAUGAAGCUUCACUCUCGUGAUACAGAUCUUUUGCGCGAGAUCAGUUCACUGUCAACCAGGCGUGGCUGGUAUCCCGCUCAUCUUCGCAAGAUGCAGACAGUUUCGUGGUCGUGCCUCCCGUCCCUCGCACAACACCAUAAUUUUCAUCUAGCCGCAAAAUCUAUCAUGGACUACGGCGUGCAGCUUUCAACCUUCUUAGAAGGGUCUUCAAGCAUUCCUAGCUUUGAUCUUCCACUAUUCACCAGUCACCUUCUCGAGCGCGCGUCCAUUCGUGCCUCUGUGUUCUAUCCUGACCAGUUCUCUCUUCCACCGCUGCUUGGUGCCACAGAUGGCAUGUAUGCUUCGCGCGAUGUACCCGAUAAACAUGCGGAAGAGAGGGCAUUUCACACCGCCUUCAUGGUACACCAGUGGCCAAACAGGCUCCCAGUGCAACGAAAUCUCCUCAGUUUGUUCACUCAGUGGGAAUAUAUCCAAGGAAUUGGCGAAUCAUUCAGCUUGCAAUACUCCAAAGAUUGGCUUCAACCGAAAUUUCCAGACAUCUUCCUUUCUGCCUACGACCGUUGUCGUACUGUUACGAAGAAAGACACAUUUCAACUGGUGUUCACCCUGGCUUCAGUAUCAUACUGCUCGUUGGACAGUCAUGCACUCAUCCCGACACUUCUAUCAUUCGCCACAGUUCCCGAGAUUCGCAGCCUCGAUGACCCGCCGAGGUUCGCCUCCUAUGAUCUCUCGGAUGGUUUCAUGCCUUCCAAUGCGAUAUUGGACAAUAUCAUCAGUUCGUGUACCAAAGAUUACGAAAUCAGCCAGGAGAGACAACUAGUUGCGAGGCCCGAUGAAGAUGAGAGGGCUCUGGGGGAGCGUCGUUAUUCGGCUUUCAAAGACAGCUGUAGCUCCGAAAAGCAACUCAUUCUCAGCAAACUUCGGGAUGCUUGGCCGUGCGAAGAUCCUCCGGCACUUAAUACGCUGGAAGCAAACUGCUGCGAUCUCAGUGAACUGUCGGGAAAACUUGGCCCAGUAUUUUGCAGCUGUUGGCGAAACAAUUGUUUGAAGCUCCACCUGGAUGUCCUGCAAGAGACCCUCAAACAGUUCCACGCUCCUAAUCCUCCUUCGAAACUAUUCGCGCAAUACAAUCUUCAUCCCCAUCUUGAUGAUUUGAAUGUUGCUUCACCAGCCUCAUCGGUUGAUACCCAGUACCUUUUCGAUAGAGAUGCACCUGUUAUGCGCACGUGCGGGUCUUCCCAAGUUCUGCCCGAUUACAAUCGGAAAGAUUUGGUAUCUUUGGACUCUGGGGUCACGGUGAGAUUGCAACAGCUCAUCAACAACUUUCGCGCACGGGGGAGCAACAAAUUCUACCACAACUACGCUGAUGAUUUAGACAGGAGCAGGUCGAGUUUCUGUGAAGAAAAGCUUGUUGCCCCACCAGAUUAUACGCCGUACACGAUGGAAAUACUGCUUGAGUACCAUUCUCUCCGCAGCCAGCAAUUCCAAGAUGCACUCGCAACUAUCGUUCGCGCCCUCUCCCCUGCUUCUGCUGCCGAUAAUGUAUUAUACGAUGCUGGGUUGUGGCCCCGAGUCACACCAAACUUCCUCUUCACUCGCAUGGCAUCUGUAUCAGGAAAUUGUUUGGGGAAGGGUUGGCGUACAGCUCUCGUCCACCUGUCGCACAGACUAUUACAACUGCAACGCUCACGAAGGCUGUUGAUCUUUGCCACUGACAAUAACCGGGUGGAGUUCUUCAAGGAAUUGGAGAACGAGGGAUGCGAGGGAUUUGAUCCAGAACUGUACCCUGACUGGCUUUUAACACAGAUCGAAAGUCAGUUCUUGGCACGGCCUGUCCAGGUGAAGGUUGCGCUGGAGAUGAUAUCUCCAUGCAAGGGGAGAAAUACUGCUCUCCAGCUCAACAUGGGCGAAGGGAAAUCCUACGUCAUUGUUCCCCUCGCAGCCGCUGCACUUUCUGAUGGCCAUAGACUGGUUCGAGUAAUCGUGCUGAAGUCGUUGUCAGCUCAGAUGUUCCAGCUCAUGGUUGAACGACUGAGCGGCCUUGCACAAAGGCGCAUUUUCUAUAUUCCAUUCUCCAGAGCGCUCUCUAUCGACGCAUCCAAGGUGCAAAUGUAUCGUGACCUAAUGCAAGAAUGCAUGGACAACAAGGGCAUUUUGGUUGUGCAACCGGACCAUAUUCUGUCAUUCCAGUUGAUGGCUGUUGACCGUCAACUGUCCCCUCAGGCUGGUGAAGCUGCUGAAGAUAUGCUGCAGACCCAGUUGUGGCUCAACAACCACACACGCGACAUCCUGGACGAAAGCGAUGAAGUUUUACAUGUCCGCUACCAGCUGGUGUACACUGUCAGUCUCCAGAGUUCGCUUCAAGGCCAUCCAGAAAGGUGGACCACUACACAACAAGUGUUGAGUCUUGUGGCAAAGCACGCCGCUCGGCUCGUAACCGAAUUUCCCUCUGACUCAGAAGUGUCUCUUCGCGGUCACGGAGUGUUCCCCUUCAUUCGACUUCUGCACCCCACAGCGGGUGAAGAAUUGGUCCAAUGGAUCUCAGAGGAUGUUAUUGGCGGGGCACUUGAAAACAUCAGCUUCGAUGAAGUAUCUCUCUACAUCAAACAAGCUGUCCGCCAGUUCAUCGCAACGGAGAAUAUAUCCAACACAUGUAUCAGGUUAGUGGAGGAUCGCUAUAGACACACCACCAUCUGGCCCGGCCUUCUAGUCUUGCGUGGACUGCUGGCUUGUGGUAUCCUGGUGUACGCUCUCAAAGAACGUCGCUGGCGAGUGGACUAUGGCCUCGCCCCGAAGCGAACGAUGUUAGCCGUUCUAUUCCGUGCUAAAGACAUGCCCUCGCUGCGAGCAGAGUUUGGUCAUCCAGAUGUUGCUGUCACCCUCACGUGCAUAUCGUACUACUACGCAGGUCUCACGCUCCAGCAGCUGAUGUUAUGCUUCGAGCUUCUGCUGAAGGAGGAUAAUCCCGCCCUCGAGUAUGAAUCCUGGGUGUUUGAACUUCAGUCCGUCCCAGAUAGUCUACGGCACCUUAGCGGUAUCAACACAGAAUCCGCAGAGCAGCUCCCUGACCUUCUGCAACUGUUCGCAUGCAACAAGGCAGUCGUAGAUUUCUACCUGUCUCGAAUAGUUUUCCCCCGGGAAGCCAAGGCAUUCCCAACGAAGCUCACCUGCUCUGGAUGGGAUCUCGCUCAAGCGAAGAGACAUCACACAACCGGCUUUUCUGGUACAAACGACAAUCGCUAUUUGCUACCGGGCUCGAUGGUGCAGCACGACCUUGAUUACCAACGCAGCACAAAUGCCCGAGUCUUAGCGUCUCUUCUGUGUCCGGAAAACGAUUGCUACAGAUGCUUACCGCCCGGUCAAAACGUGUAUGACUUCAUCGAUGCCCUAGUCGCAGAGACUCCCGAGGUCCGCGUGCUCCUGGACGUGGGUGCGCAGAUGCUGGAAUUGAAGAAUCAGGAGUUGGCCGAAGCAUGGCUUAGAGCCAAGCGUGACGCCCAAGCGGCAGUCUUCGUGAAUGAUGACGAUGAACUUGUUGUUGUCAGUCGGGAUGGGACAGUCGAGCCCCUUGUGUCGUCCCCCUUUGCCCAGCAGCUUGACCAGUGCGUGGUAUAUCUAGACGACGCCCAUACUAGGGGAACCGAUGUCAAGCUGCCUUUCGGUUUCCGAGCUGCUGUCACCAUUGGCCCCAAAGUCACGAAAGACCGCCUGACGCAAGGAUGUAUGCGAAUGCGGAAGCUGGGUAAUGGACACUCAGUAAUGUUCUUCGCUCCGACUGAAGUUGACCGGAGCAUUCGUUCGGCAGCUCACAAAGCUGAUACAAACAGUGUCGAUGUGGCAGAUAUCUUGCACUGGGCAAUGCUCGAAACCUGUACUGAUAUCCAGAUGCGCGCCUUCCACUGGAUUCAACAGGGAUCGGAUUUCAACAGGCGACAUUCCGCAUGGAUUCAAUUCUCGCGCGCCCCUGCUACUUCGAUUUCCACUCUCAAGACAGCCUGGUUGCGGCCAGAGGAGCGUUCAUUAGAGGACAUGUACGCGCCAAGCAGUUCUUCACAGGUAUCCCAGGUUUGGGAUCUAGACAUGCAAGGGAAGUGUGAGGAACUCGGAGUUCUAUCAGCUCCCGACAGGAGCAUGGAUGAGGAACAAGAACGGGAAGUAGUCCACGAGGUAGAGAGAGAACAUCAAGUAGAACGACCGCACAGGGCAACACCUGCAGCCCAAAACCUGCAUAAGGACGUUCGUCGAUUUGUCGAGACCGGCCGAAUCCCCGCAGGGUCUUCUGCGUUCAUUCAAGUGCUGUCCAGCCUUGUUUACACUGCUGCUGAAUUUCACGAGCGCGAUCGGUGGGCACACAAUGUUUUAGUCACCCAUGACUUCGCUCGUACGGUGGAGACACUCUCUGCCAUCCAGAAAGCGGAUGAUUAUGUGCGACCCGUCAAUUGGAUUGUAUCCAGCGGCGUUGGAUGCUCUUCAGUGCUGGUUGUCAUGAGCCCGAACGAAGUGAACACACUGCUGCCUGAUAUCCGCAGGAGCAAUGCAAUUCACCUGUGCAUCUACACUCCUCGUACCACAAAAACGAUGCAGCCAUGCGACGACCUUCGACUUUACUGUGUUCCUUCGACGCCACCGUUUACACCAUCAGAACCACUGAUUUGCCAGCUCAACCUUUUUGCGGGUCAACUCUAUUUCUCCAAUUAUGAGAUGUAUCUCCGCACUUGCAACUUCUUAGGACUCAACGCACCGGAUUUGGGGGACGAGGACUUGAUAGCUGAUAGCGACGGGUUCAUCAGUGAGGAGAAUCGCCCCGCUGCGAGAGCAUCGUGCUCGUUCAAGCGAUCGCAGCUUCCUGCACUGAAGGAGUUGUUUGGGAUGAGAAGGAAAGGCACGGGAUACCUACCAACUCACCUCGGAAAGAUGCUCAACGGCCGCAUUCUGUCUGAGAAGGAUUUUCUCAACUGAGUGCGAGGUUUAUUUAGCCGACUGUAUCGACAGCGACCUUGAUGUAAUAUUGAUAUUGUGACAUUCUAACGUC